CUUCCCCAUUAUAAAACAGAACAUUCCUAACGGAUAAGAAGCCAGACCAGGGAGAUUCUGUCUCAGAGCAACCUGGCUCAUCCUCUGCAGCCAAUGCCCCAGAGGAUUCUAGCAGUGCCCAAGAAGGUGAUGGCAAGGGUGAAGGUGGGGAGUCUGUACUCAUGGAAGAAGACCUAAUCCAGCAGAGCCUCAAUGAUUAUGAUGCUGGAAAAUACAGCCCCAAGCUGCUGAGUAACCAGGAGCUGCCUUUUGAUGCUCAUGUAGUAGACUUUGAAGAGGACCAACAAAGACUGGUGCUCUGCAGGCAACAACUACAAGUCACAGGUGAUGCCAGUGAGAGCCCUGAAGACAUCUUUAUCAGGAAAGCGAAAGAAGGUAUGGAUGGUGAUGAGGCCCAGUUCAGUGUGGAGAUCCCAGUCACAAGCAAAGCUUACCUAUGGGCGGACAAAUAUAGGCCUCGAAAACCUUGUUUCUUCAAUCGUGUCCAUACAGGCUUUGAGUGGAACAAAUACAACCAAACGCAUUAUGACUUUGACAAUCCUCCCCCCAAAAUUGUCCAGGGCUACAAAUUCAACAUAUUUUAUCCAGACUUGAUUGACAAACGAUCUACUCCGGAAUAUUUCUUGGAGGCUUGCCAUGACAACAAGGACUUUGCUAUAUUACGUUUCCAUGCUGGGCCUCCUUAUGAAGACAUUGCUUUCAAGAUUGUCAAUCGCGAGUGGGAGUAUUCUCACCGACACGGCUUCCGUUGUCAGUUCUCUAAUGGUAUUUUCCAGCUGUGGUUCCACUUUAAGCGCUACAGAUACAGAAGAUGAGCCAUGACCUGAAAUUAGACCAUUUCUUUCCUGUUUUUGUAUAGCAACAAAAAUCAAAUUUGGAGUUUUAGUGUUAAAUAAAAAAUAUGGAAACAAACCAAGACUUUUUAGAAAUUCCACCCAAGACCAUAAUAAAUGUUUUUGCCAAAUAUCCUGGGUGCCCUCACUGGUGGGUGAGAUUGUAAUACUUUUGUACAAAUAAAAUUUUUUUUUGUUUAUUGUUAGCCAUGGGGUUAAAUGGAAAUUAUCCAAACACAACCUUUUUGCAACUUCUUGUAACCGUAUUGGCACCUGAAUUAGUCUCUAUUGAGAUA